AUGGAGUCCUCGACUCAAUCCCCGGACAGCUUGAUCCACAACGUCUCGCAACAGUCGUCGGAAUCCCCACAGCCACAGCCCGAUGAAUCUUCUUCUCAUGCCACUGGCAGCAGACCCGAGACAGCUCGCCUGUCAUGUGACAAUUGCCGCAGAAGAAAGGUCAAAUGUGAUCGCGGUCUGCCGGCAUGCAGUCUAUGUGCGAAGCUCAAGCACGCAUGUAUCUAUUCCGUAGCCCGGAAGAAACCUGUUCGUAGGAUGAAAUACAUGGAGCUUGAGGAACGAUUGGAAAGCAUGGAACGAGUCCUGGUGGACCGCAAACCGAGCGACGCUGGAUCUGAUUUUCAGACACAGCCGUCGCUCAAUGACCAACGCCAUUUCUCGAUUCCCAUGGACGAUCUUGCCAUAUCUCACAGCCAAAUAGUUCUUUCUCGGCCACCAGGUACAGAGCAGUGCUACGAAUGGGAUUUUCCCGAGGGCGGUAUUUUAGAUGAUUCCUCGAGCUCAAACGUCUCCUUUAACCCCAGGCCGGAUCCUGCAACUUUUACUCGAGGUAUGUUCGCUCGUAAUCGAAGCCCUCCCCUAUAUAUCGCUGACAGUUCAGGUUCUAUUCCCCUCUUCACGAGUCGAGGUACCCAAUGGGUUGAUCAGUUGGUGGGGGACAGCAGCUUCAGCAAUAUGGUUCAUGACCUGAAGCCUCCCGAUAGUGUAUUAGCGCAAACAAUGGGACUGCUCACCCCUCCAGCGAAUCUUCUACCUUCUCAUAAUCUCGCGGAAACCUGUCUACAAGACAUGAUGUUCGCGGCCCUUCAAAAUCACCAGGAGGGCAACAAAAUCUUGGAGACCAGCUACAUUGCCGCUAUAAAUAUCGUCAUAGCUUUUCAGAAGCAUAAUUGCUUUCAGAUAAAAUACAAGAUCGACAGCGACCUCUUCCUACAGAACGCUCUGUCUUUGAUCCCACGACUUCUUAUCGAAGGGCCUGAUACUAUGGGCGUUGGUGCUCUGAUAUGUAUUGUGUUGUAUUUCCACUUGGCCUCCGAGAUAGAAUUUGCGGCAAGUAUACUUGGAUGUGCGACCCAGGUCAUGAUCAACGCUGGAUACAAUCUCGAAAAGAAACCAGAUGAUGUCAACGGUCUCCUCCAAAAUCAACUCUUUUGGCAAGCAACCAUUCUUGCCAGUGAUUUCUCGCUGCAACUAUGUAGAGCUCCGUUCAUCAACGAUUCGACUCUCGUUUGCCUGCCGCCCAGAAAUCCCGUGGAUGGUCGUGGAAACGUGACGUGUUACGAUGGUACCGUCAUCAAUAUCACUUAUGAGCGGGUCACCCUGGCAAAGCUGCAGCGGAAAGUCCACGCUCUGCUCUUCUCCAGCGAGGCUGCAAAGCAGAACCCUCAGCAAACAUACGCCACGGUGAUAGAGCUGGACCACGAGCUGGCCGUAUUCAAGGCGAGACUACCAGCCAUCACCGGUAAAGAGAUGUACGACGCUCGGUUCGAAGGGGCAUUGGUAUAUCUCACAGUAAUUUAUUUAAGAUACUACCAGCUUGUCAUCGCUGUCCAUUCCGCAGUGUUCACCCGACCGUCAGGUCGAGAUGCCCAGGUUCGACGCAAGAAAGCCGCGCCUAGCAUCGCCUUGUGUGUACAGGCAGCACGGGAUAUCGCAUCACUACCAGACAAGCUGCCCAAAGAUCACCCGUUUAUGAAAUUUCUAGUGCCGAAUGUAGCCCUGAACGUGGACAUCCUCUGCUUGAAUAUCCUCCAGAACAAGAACACCGUCAUGGCUUAUCAGGAUCUCGCGCUCAUGGAGAAGGUUGUCAAGCAGUUCGAACGCUUUUCCUCCGAGCUCGGCCAUAACAUCAUAUCACACACCGCCAACCUCUUGUACCUCGUCGCCGCGCACGGGAUCCGGCGGCCCAAGGCUAUCAUCGCGCAACCGGCCACGCAGCAGCCCCCACCUCAGCAGCUCCGGAACAUGGAUGCGUGGAACGAUCCCAACUUCGUCUGCACGGAGCUCCCGGCGAACCCCAACAUCUACCACCCGUUCCAGCCAGAUCCGGGUCUUGCCGAGUUCCCGAACCAACCCUUCCCCGACCACGCCCAUCAGGAUAUGGCGCAGAUGGGCGGCCAGAUGGGCGAAGGCGCGGGCGGGUUUCUAGGGCCGCCGGCUACGUCGUCGGCGGAUAUACAGUGGCACGUCCCGGCUGCUGGCUACAAUGCUGCUGCUGACGGCCAGGCCGGGGGCAUCUCUUUCUACAUCAGUAAUCCCUGA